AUGAUUUCGAUGUGAAGUGUUGGCGGCAGCAGCAGCAGCAGCAGCAGCAGCUUCGCCGAUGUGGACGUGCCUCGCUGGACCCUGCCUGUGGUUUCCUCGUGUACUUUCAGCGGGCUGCCGGCAGGGACCAUCAUCCGCCGCGCUGCGCUGCGCUCUGACAACCAGAUGCAGAAGCAGUGAACGGCGCACCCGCACCCACCCGCCCAUCCAAAGACGGUCCAUACAAAAGAUCAGCGACCAGGUCUCUCGCACAGUCCGCCGCACCCCACGCAAACCCGCCCGUGGAAACGUAAUAAGGUGAAUCUGCGAGUCAGAGAGAGAGAGAGGGAGACACACAGAGAGACAGAGACCAGCCAGGAGGCGAACCCAUCUAUUCAUUGGCACGUUUCAAAGCCUUCGGCGCGGCCAAGUCUCCACCGGGAAACCUUAAGAACUCACAUCCAGCGAGUUCAAUUUCCAUGAGGUACUGUGGAAAUGUUUCCAGUCUGGAACAAGGGUUAAUUUUUCAUCUAAAAGCACCGAUUAUGGGCUGUAUAGGCUCCAAAACAACUAUCGUGGCGGUGGAUACUACAUUAAGCGUGGAGUGGAAGGAAGUGAAGUCGGCCGCCGCUCUCUUUCCGUUGGGGAAUACAACCACCUCGCUGGUGCAUAGGCUGGGUCACCAGACAUCAGUAGACUGCCUGGAAACUACCGAGGUAAAUGUUGAAGACACUAUUGAAAUGUUACCAAAAUCAAGACGUGCGCUUACUAUCCAGGAGAUUGCUGCACUUGCAAGAUCGUCUUUGCAUGGUUUUUCCCAGGUGGUGAAAGACCAUGUAACCAAACCUACAGCCAUGGCUCAGGGCCGCGUUGCUCACCUCAUUGAGUGGAAAGGUUGGUGCAAGCCAAUAGAUUCACCAAUGACUCUCGAGAUUGAUUUCAAUUCCUACUCUGACCUGAGCGAAGGGGAACAGGAAGCAAGAUUUGCAGCAGGUGUGGCGGAGCAGUUUGAAAUAGCAGAGGCCAAACUAAAAGCUUGGUCAUCUGUUGACGGUGAUGAGAUGAAUGACGACUCAUAUGAUGAAGAUUUUGUACCAAACAUGGAGAACACACAAGCAGCUGAUCCAGCAGCACAGCAUCCCCAAGUGAAUUAUUCAAGAGACCGGCUGCACAGUCAUCUGUGCCAAUUUACGGUGAGACAGGCCUCGUGUGAGCAGGAGAGUGAUUCCUCCCAGACCGUCUCUCCAGAGACACUUUGUUCAAGUCUGUGCAGUCUGGAAGACCAUCCUUUGCUUAAAGUGGAACUGGACACCCCGACUGAAUUAGCCGCAAAACUGUUUGGCCAGAUGGACGCGGUGCCUGGUCAUCGGGAAGUGAUAUCUCAGCUGCACCCAAGCGGAAACAUUGAAUGUGCCUUUAGGAACCUUAUCUGUGAGGACUCCUCUUAUUCUGUGUCUUACGCUGAAUCUUGUUUCACUCCAGAAGAAGACGAUAUGUCAUGCCAAGACUAUAAAAGCAUUUCAAAGAAGGAGGACGGGGAGUAUGAGGGGCGGAGGAAGGUAUCAGACGUUGCUUCCUCAGGUGUGGUGUCUCUGGAGGAGGACGAAGCUGAAGAUCAAUGAAUCCUAGUCACCCUGGCAUGCAUUACUCCCUUUGAUACUGGUCUUUAAGCGUCCACACAAUCGCUCUGUAUUUUGUAAGAGACUACCCUUUGCACAAAUAAUUGCCUGAGGUUGGGUUGCAAAGGUACAAGCACUUCACUGGUUCGCAUGCUACAAAGUGCUCAAAGGAACUGUUUGCUGAAAUGUUCUUCGCAUGGUAUGUAGCUCAAGCUUUGAGAACCUUUCUUACUGAUCUUUAAAUUCCGUGCCACGUUAUUUUUCAUGCUGGAAAGCACUCUCCAGUCUUAAUGGCAUGGCUACGUCUUGUGUUAAAAUGAGCCAAAUUAUAAUCUUCGUACAAGAUUAAGCAGCUGUUGGAAUGUACUUAAGACCAGACACACAACGUCUUUUUAAAAAUAUUUAAUCAAAGAGGUAUUUGCUUUUAAUCUACUAGUUUUAUACCAUUCAACAUACUAUGGUCUGACAAGUAAUUAAUUUUCAAUGGUCUAAUAAAAAAACAUGGAAGUGUCUAAAUCUUUUAAACUCCCACCGUUGGUUCCUCUAAUUUUGGAUAAAAUAGUUUCCACUGAUGCAGUAAAGGAAAAGUGCAUUACGAUUCAAAUUUUAUAUUUUUGUAUUUGUGUCUGCAUCUUGUAAGGUACUGCUUGCUGUAUAUUGCAUUGCACGGGGCUUCAGUGCUGUUGUUGUAGGUAUAUUUCCUGGUUAUCACUGUGUGAUAUCGUUGACAAACAAAGAAUACUGUGGUAUUACUGACUUUCAUAGUACGCUGUUUCAAGUGCAAGUGUUUCAACAAAACAUCUGCAUAAGAACAAUACAGGAAUCCUCCCACUCAAUUAAAACGCAAGAGACAGCCUGAAAUACUGAUGGUGAAGGCACACUCGGAGGUUACAUUGGUAACAUUUCGAAAAAAAUCAAAAGUGCGUUCUCCUUGGAAUUAAUGUACCAACCCUUCAGAGAUGAUGAAACGUGGUGCGUUUUAUUCUUUCCCACGUUACUCAGAAAGGUGCACUAUUACAGUACACAGGGCUCUCAUUUUCUAAUAACCCGUAUCAGAUGACACACUUGCAUGUGAGGAAGAUUUUAGUUCAUGGCAGUUCUCUACCUAUAGCUAUUUUGGGUUGUUGAUGCUUUCUUGGCAUGUAACUGGAUUGGCAAUGAAUAAAACUCCCCUCUGUAAAGUUUUUUUAAUUUGACAAUGGUUGUUUUCCUGUAAAAUCAACAACAUCUUUGCUUCAUAAGGUCAUAAGUGAUAGGAGCUGAAUUAGGCCAUGCGGCCCAUCAAGUCUACUCCGCCAUUCAAUCAUGGCUGAUCUA